AUGGGGCGGCGGGCGCUGCGCCGGGUGCUGGUCCUGGCGCUGGGGCUGAGCCUGAGCCUGCUGGCGCUGCUCUGCGGUCCGUGCGCCGCAGCGCUGCCCGCGGCCGAUGAAGAAGGAAAUCAAGAUGAAUCACUGGAUUCAAAGACUUUAUCUGCAGAGGACCAGGUAAAGGACCAUUCCACAGGAACUCGAGUAGUAGCAGGUCAGAUCUUCCUUGAGUCGGGGAAAUCGGACUCUCAGUCAGAGGAUGAAGAGAACUUUCACAGUCAAGAAGAGGAAAAAGAGAAUUCACUGGAAGAGUUGAACUCUCUAGAAAUGUCAAAUCUAUUAAAUAAGGAUUUGGAAGAAGCAGAAAUGCAGAGUCCAGUGUUGACAGCUAUUGGAGGCACUGCAGAUGGUGAACCUUGCCACUUCCCCUUUUUGUUUAUGGAGAAGGAAUAUGCAGAGUGCACUGCAGAUGGGAGGGAAGAUGGCAGGCUUUGGUGUGCAACAACCUAUGAUUACAAGAAAGAUCAGAAGUGGGGCUUCUGUGAAUCUGAAGAGCAGUCUAAUAAGAGAAGGCAGAUGCAAGAAGCUGAGGAUGUUUAUCAGAUUGGAAUGAAAAUCCUUAAUGAAAGCAGUAAAAAGGCUCAGAAGAAAGUAGCCUAUCAAUAUCUUCUGAAAGCAGCUGACAUGAAUCAUACCAAGGCCAUGGAGAAAGUGUCUUAUGCUUUGUUGUUUGGGGAUUACCUGAAGCAGAACAUCCAGUCAUCAAAGGAACUGUUGGAAAAACUGACAGAAGAAGGUUCUCCGAAAGGCCAAAUGGCUCUUGGAUUUCUGUAUGCAUCUGGUCUAGGAGUCAAUUCUAGUCAAGCUAAGGCCCUGGUGUAUUACACUUUUGGAGCUUUAGGAGGAAAUCUAAUCGCUCAUAUGAUUUUGGGUUACCGGUACUGGGCUGGGAUAGGAGUCCUUCAGAGUUGUGAAUCUGCUCUCACUCACUACCGACUUGUAGCUAAUCAUGUUGCUAGUGACAUUUCUUUGACUGGUGGCACAGUGGUUCAGCGAAUUCGCUUAGCAGAUGAAGUAGAAAAUCCAGGAAUGGCAAGUGGCAUGCUAGAAGAAGACUUGAUCCAGUAUUACCAGUUUUUAGCAGAGAAAGGAGAUGUACAAGCUCAGGUUGGCCUUGGACAAUUACACUUGCAUGGAGGAAGAGGGGUAGAGCAAAACCAUCAGCGAGCAUUUGAGUACUUCAAUCAAGCAGCUAAUGCUGGCAAUUCACAUGCUAUGGCUUUUCUAGGGAAGAUGUACUCAGAAGGAAGUGAUGUUGUACCUCAGAGCAAUGAAACAGCUCUUCAGUAUUUCAAGAAAGCUGCUGAUAUGGGUAAUCCAGUUGGACAGAGUGGAUUAGGAAUGGCUUAUCUCUACGGAAGAGGUGUUCCAGUGAACUAUGAGCUAGCACUGAAGUAUUUCCAGAAGGCUGCAGAACAGGGAUGGGUUGAUGGACAACUUCAGCUAGGUUCCAUGUAUUACAAUGGCAUUGGAGUCAAGAAAGACUAUAAACAAGCUUUGAAAUAUUUUAACUUGGCCUCCCAGGGUGGCCACAUUCUGGCUUUUUAUAACCUGGCUCAGAUGCAUGCUACUGGCACUGGAGUGAUGCGAUCCUGCCAUACUGCUGUUGAGUUGUUUAAGAAUGUAUGUGAACGGGGGCGUUGGUCUGAAAGACUGAUGACUGCCUACAACAGCUAUAAAGAUGGUGACUCAAAUUCUGCAGUGGUUCAGUAUCUUCUUCUGGCAGAACAAGGCUACGAAGUUGCUCAAAGCAAUGCUGCUUUCAUACUUGAUCAGAAGGAAGCUAGCAUAGUAGGAGAAAAUGAAACCUAUCCUCGAGCUUUGCUUCACUGGAAUAGAGCAGCUUCUCAAGGAUAUACUGUUGCAAGAAUUAAACUUGGAGAUUACCAUUUUUAUGGCUUUGGUACUGAUGUUGACUAUGAAACUGCAUUUAUUCACUAUCGACUGGCAUCAGAACAGCAGCACAGUGCUCAAGCAAUGUUUAAUCUGGGCUACAUGCAUGAGAAGGGAUUGGGCAUCAAGCAGGAUAUUCAUCUUGCAAAGCGAUUUUAUGACAUGGCAGCUGAAGCAAGCCCAGAUGCUCAGGUUCCAGUCUUCCUAGCACUUUGCAAACUUGGAGUGAUUUAUUCCUUGCAGUAUGUACGAGAAAUCAAUAUGAGGGAGGUAUUCUCACAUAUUGAUAUGGACCAGCUACUGGGGCCUGAGUGGGACCUCUACCUUAUGACUAUCAUCGCCUUGCUUCUGGGAACAAUUAUAGCUUACAGACAAAGGCAGCACCAAGCGAUUCCCAGACCAGCAGGACUGCGGCCAGCUGUGCCUCAACAAGAACCACCACCAGAGCAUCAACCACCGCAAUAGCAACAAAAGCCUCAGUGAAAGAACUGGAUUUUUCCAAAAGGAACAAUUUUCAUUGUGAUUUAGGACUUUGAAUCAACAGUCCUACCCCCAAAAGAGGCGCAAAAAAAUUUAAAAAAAAGAGUUUGAAAGCUGCUUAGAGUGAUGCCUUUUUUCAGGGAUAAGAAAAUUAUUUUGAAACUGAUUUGAAUGUUAUUUCAGUGCCAAUGGAAUAACACUAUGGCUUUUUUUGUGGAAACACAAGAGUGCUACUACAAAAACGUUGCCUGCUGUAUCUAGUUCCUCUUUAUUCAGAGUCCUUUUCAUCUCCCAAGAGACAGAAGGUUAGCAGUGGAAGAUUUUUGCCUGCUUGAUAGCAGUUGCCCUUUAUAAAAGUAAUAACAAUGAAUAAUUUUAUGACCUAUUUAAGUCCAAGAAGCUGAACUACAUUCAAACUCUAAAAAGACUGAAGCUGUCAUGAACUUAUAUUCUGAUCUACAUCCCAAGUAUUUCUGUAGUCCUUAUUUUAUUACUUUUAAGUAUUUCUUACAGUUUGAUCUCUUAUGCUAUCUUGGAUGGUUUAACAUAGUUCUACAGGGUUUAUCAAUAAUCUAAGCCAGCAAACAUGCCACUCUCCAUUUGUGCUUUUUUGUUUUGAGUAUUUUCCUCCUUUCCCCUCAGACUAGACAGUUCUCAGCAGACAGUAUGUAGUCCAUGAGCUGGACUGGGGCAGUGCCCAGAUCUCACAUACUUCUAAAACUUUUCAGGAACCUGUGUACUUUGUGAUAUUUUAUGACAUACAACCCAAACUGAUAGUGUUCCUAAGUUAUGUAAAUUUACCCUUAUGAAGAGGCUGAGUCUAGAUUACAGAAAGUACCAGUAUUAUUAUUGACACUGACGACAGGACAGAGUGAGAAAUCUCAGUGAGUUAGCUGACUUUUUUUUGGUUUAGAGUUGGAAUUUCUCUAUUUAAUUUUCAACAAUCCUGUUAGUGAUUUGCACUGCAAGAAAGAAAGGUGUGUAUCUCAUGCAUGCAUCUGCUUAGUGCAUCUACAAAAAAGGCCACAAAAAUGCAUACUCUCUACAAAAGGCCAUGGGCUUUAUACCAGUGAUGCUACUCCAAAGCUACAGCAAUUGCCAACCUCUUUUGUACCUGAUACACAUGAGAAAAAUGUCUCUGACUGGGCCAUCUUGAGGACCCCUUGUAACAAGAAAAUCCAAAGAGAAAGAAGACUAGUGGGUUAUGGCUUCUUGAUGCCACCAGGUCAAUGUAAAGGCCUUUUAAUUUGUGUAAAGAAUAUGACCUGUGGACUGAUGAUUUAAGAUUGCAAGAGGAAUCUUCACUUAGUAACGAUUUUCAAUGAACUAUAAUUUCCGGGAUUAGGUGUGGGAAGCAGUUGUAGAGUAGUUUAGAAGCACAAAAUGCAGAAGCGUCUGUUCUGUUCCUAUUUACCAAUGGCAGUUAAAUAUUUGCUUCUGUACUAGCAUUAAAUCCUCUGGAAAGCAGUCUCAGAGCUGAAUGAAAUACAAGAGAGGAAGCUUUAGCUGCUUUCUGAUAAAAGCUGUUAUUUUGAAAGGGUUAAGGGCUUCCUCUCAUGCAAAUAUUUUUCCAGCAGAUUGGCAACAACAUAUUAAUACACAUAAUUUAGAAUUGAGAUUUUGAUAUGAUUUCAUACUUGGUAUGUUUGUAAGGAGACAGCUGCACAGCAGAUUUGUAGUUUGGGAUAGAAGAUAAGCAAUCCAUUCUUUUGUGAAUGGAAAUGUCAAGGAUGGCUAGUAUUAAAGGUACUAGGUAGAACUCAGUACUUCAAAAUGCUUAUGGUGGUUAUGUGAAGACAAAUCUUUCGUGUUAGUGUGCAAGUUUGCAGCAUGUGGUAGAGGAAUAUCUUGUUCAGUCUUAAUCAUCAUUAGCUGAUGGGACAGUAUUGAACUUCUAUGUCGUGUCUAAAAUGUACAGCACUCCCCAGCUGCAUUUUUAAGAUAUCUGUGACUUUUGAACACUCCCUCUGAAGUAUUUUUGCUGCUGUCACUUAAUAGCUCUUUUUAGCUUGGCAUGAAUAAUUUGAGGAUUACAUGGAAAAUGUUUUUCAGUUAAAUACCAUUGGUUGAUUGGUAUUGGUCUCUUAGGAUGUUUAACAAUUUUAUUACUGCAUAAUUAAAAUGUUUUGAUUUUUCUAUUAGAACUAAAUUCUAGAAGCUCUAUCCUAUUUGCAUGAGAAUCUCUCAUCACUGCUGCUGUGUGACAGUCUUAUAGAUGACUUUCACUGAAUCUGAUGCAUUUUUACAUCCCAAGAAAUCAGCAGAAGGAAAUGAUUGAAGUUAGCAAGUUAUUUCACUUUAAAGAACUGCUUUUUGAAGGAGCAAUAAGGAAGUCUUUCUCCUGCUUUUUUCCCUUCCACCAAAUUACUACCACUGACUUUUUCAGAUGACAUUCAUUUGAAUGCAGUGGUAGAAGAAAAAAGGUACUUACCAUAAGUAAUGGUGAGUUAACUCAGGGAUUAAAGAAAUUAAUAAGCUUUCUAAAUCAGUUAUCUACACCAUGACUUAAGUUUUUGUGACAAUCCCUUGCUACUCUAUUCUGAAACUUGCAUUUUGAGGGAGGUAUAUUUAACUCUUACUAGCAAUAUGUAUCUUGUGCACUCAGUUAAUCAAGCAUCUUUUUCCUAAAGGAGCCGGAUUGCUCAGUUUACUGCAGUGAAGUACUUUUCCCUUUUGGUAGCACAGGUUGUCUUACAGUUUAUAUGCAGGAGUACUUUAGAAUGGAAACUUGGUUUAAGAGAAGCCUUUCUGGGUGUGUUGAGCGUGGUUUGAAUGGAAAAGUUGUAUUCUUUGUGUGUAGUAGCAUAGGCCAGAGCCUGCCUAUUUGACCUUCCCAGACAUAUACUCUUCUUUCCAUGCCAGAGAAUGGAACUAGAGAGCAGUAAGCGUUGUUGGUGGGAUUUCUAUAUGUAGGAAAACUGGGAAAAUGUGGAGGGACACAUUAUUUUACGUCUCAGAUUCUUAAUAAAAGACACUAUCUGUUCUUGCUGGUUGAAAGAAGUGCUGAAUUGUUGAGAAAACAGGAUUCUAGUACAUCACUCUUUGAAACUUGCCCCAGAGCCGUCUGUUUAAAUAACUCCUUGCUUUAUAUGGUCUAUCACAGCAUAAAUGUAAUGGGACAAUGUAAUAGAAGGUAAGGCCUUUGAUACAAACAUCCUCAUGAAACUCUUAUGAGACAGUUUUACUCACUUUUUAGUCAUCUUCCAUAAGUCAGCUUCUCCUACAAAAAAAAAAAAAUCAAACCAACACAGAAGCUAUCAAAUGUUACUCUUUUUGGAGAAGAACAUUAAAAUGUGGCUUGUGAAAGGACUUUUUAAGACUAUGCAUUAUCUAAUUUCCACCUAUUAUAUGCUAGUUUUGGCCUAUAAAGGGGGAUCACACUCACCUUUGCAAGUUGCUUUCUUUUUACAUAGGCAACAAUGAACUGAAAUUCUAUUUUUGUUUCAGAGAAUAUUAAACUGAAAAGAUUUAGUUUGAUUUGAACUACUGCAAAUGCAUAUGGCAAAUAGGGACUAUUGGGGGGAACCCUUUGUUUUUAUCAGCUGCAGUUCUUUAAAGGGUCUUGUAGGAGUUUUGUAAAUUUAUUUUGUAUUUAAAAUCAGUAUAAAGGCUGGUCAAAUGUAAUAUAAUUGUGUAAACAAAUUCUGUUAAUAGAAAGAUGUACAGAUUCAUUUUGUACUGUAUCUUUAAUCUUGUGAAAUAAAGAUACCACCUGUGUGGUUACGCUCAGUGUUCACAGUGGUUAUGACAACAGGAUGUGAACCAAGAGGUACCAGUGCUGCUGCCACUUAUUCUGGUAAGUUUUUCUGAGGGCAGUAGUGCUUCAGGCAGUCCUCCACUUCAGAGAGAUGGGUUGCUCACAUUUUUAGUUUUUGGUAGCCAACUUUUUGGUCUUUCCGUGUAACACAGGUUGCAAUUCCAGAUUUUUGAAAAUCACUUGUGAAGAAUAAUAAUUUUUGUGUUCCAAAACACUGAAAUUCUAGCUCUCUGAUUCUUCUGUCAGUUAUUUUCUGUAUUUCCUUUUUCAUAAUUUGGUUUUCUUCAUCCUUCCUCCUAAACACAGGCUGUACUUUAAAAUUAGUUGUUCCACUUCCCAUCUGUUAUUUAUGAAUGUGGCUCAUUUCUGUACAAGAUUCAUAUUGAUUUUUUUUUCAUUCCUUCUAAUUAAUUGCUUUUGCUGCGGGAAAAAAAAAAUAGUUGUAUCUGGUGUGUGUGUGUUUGCAGCCACAAGGGGGUAUUAGACACUAAAUGGUGACUUGGACUUGUUAAAUACUUGAGGUCUCAAAGAUUGGGAAGGGAGUAACUUCCACACUUUCAGUCAUUGCCAUAUCACGGGAGAAUGUGUGUGUGUAUCCAAAAGUGCGUGUGUUUAUACACACACACACACAUAUAAAGAAAGAGAAAAACAAAAAUAUGUUGGUUACAGAAGCUUCAGAAACUUACUUAACAAAAUUAAAUAAUUCAGUACUCUUAUUAUUCUCAUAUUUUUAGAGCAAAAGUUCAAAAUGAAAAAUCAAUGUAGCUUCUGAAAAGACCUGGUAAAGAAUUACUAUCCCUGGACUGUUAAAAAUUUUUUAGUAUGUAAAUCUAUUAACCUGUUAUGCUAGUCUGUCUUCCAACAUUGUUUGGACAUUGUUAUAUGUACACAAUAAAUGUGGACUAGUUGGGCA